UCCGACGGCUAAAUAAAAGUACCUUUUGCCACUCACAUCCCUACUUUUCCACUUUUCACUUAUCGUGAGACCAUCCCAUCAACCUCGCUAAUGAAGCACCAAUCAAACAACUCGUCCAGGCCGCAUCGUCCCCUUUGAUCCGUUGAAGCGUUCUCAUCUCUUCAUAUGGCCUCUACGGGACCGUCUGUGCCCACUGCCAAUAAAGACUGUCAAAAAUGCAAAUCCCGACGUAUCCCGUGUGAUCGGACCCAGCCCAAGUGCCGAAAAUGCAUCUCGCGGGAUUUCGACUGUCCGGGGUAUGGAGUGCAUCUGCGAUGGGAUCAAGGCGUUGCAAGCAGAGGAAAGUUCAUGGGGAAAUGUGUGCCUGUAGAGAAAGAGGUCCCAUCACCCCUCACUAUUCAGCCCACUUCAAUCUUCAAUAAUCUCACAUCCCAACUACUUCGCCACUUUAACGAAGGUGUUGCCACGAAACUCGCCUGGGUUGAUGGCCCGGGCAACCCGUGGCGGAAUAUCGUCUUACCUUUAUCACACACUUCGCCGACGGUCCUCUUCUCCGUGCUGGCCAUGGCAUCGGAGGAUCUCGCAUGCAAGUACCCGGCCGAUCAUCCUUGGUUCGGUAGAUUGCAGGCCGUGUCCGGUUAUAAUCGCGAUAGGGCUCUUUCAUCGCUGUCGCAGCAGUUGAGCCUCUUUCAGACUGUUUCGAAUCCAUCGACUUGGGUCCAUCCCGCGCGUUGUGCCUUGGCUUCUGUGCUCCUUCUUUACAAUCUGGAGUUACUCACGGCUGAGGCUGAUCGAUGGCUAAUCCACAUUCAAGGUGCGAGGGCAAUCGUACAAUGGAAGACUCAAACGACGCAGCAUGCCGGCUCGGUCGAUCUCUCCGACGUCUUUCUUCUCUACGAAUACUACUACACUUCCGUCUUUAUUAAUCUAACGCGAUUCGACCCAAAUGACGACAUAUCCGAAAACAUCCCUACUCAUGGCAGCAUCAGCUUCUUCUCCGAAUACGUUCGCAUCAUGCACGCCGUCACCCGAGCCGAGCGCCUAAGAUCGACCCCCUGGUUGAACUCGAAUAUCCCCCGUCUCGAGGAGGUCUUCGACGAAACCGAAGCCGCAAAGUACAAAAUCAUCCAGAUGGGUCAAACCAUGGAGUUCAAAUCCAGCGAGGCCCGCUGUGACUUCGAAUACCUCGUAUAUAUGUACUACCAUGCGAUCCUCAUCUACAGCCAUCGCGUUCUCUCGGACGACCCUUCCGAAAGAUUUAUCCGGAUAUCACGAGACGCCAUCUUGACGCAUCUUUCCUAUCUUUCGCGCAGUGCGUACUUCGCGCACGAUCUGGUGUGGCCGUUGUUUAUAGCGGGAACCGAGUGUCGCGGGAUUCCGAGUAUGCAGGAGACGAUCGAGCAUGCGAUGUUGAAUAUCAUGCAGCUUAGCGGGAGUCUGGAUCGGCAUCGGGUCUUGUCGUUUCUGAAGACGUUUUGGGCCUUGGAUCUCGAACCGGGUGUCACGUGGAUUCAUUUGGCAAGGGCAAAAUCUGUCAAUGAGAGCUUCUUAAUAGUUUGAUGUUGAACGGAAGAUAUGUGAAGCUGGAACUGCUCAAUACCCCUUUUCUUCUCAAAUGGUUCUCGGACCGGGUGAUCCCUCCUCCGCCAUUAUAUCUGGCAACCAGAGCAUGCUACUCCGAUCGUCACCACCAUGUUAGCUAUGGGGCCUGUCAACGGCGUUGUUCUCCGCUCGAGGUGGUUGGAAGGUCGGUGAGGUGUUGGUGUCCAUGCGUGCUGUACCGGCCUGCAUGGAAGAGGUUGGAACCAAAUGUAGCAAGCUUGAGGGUUGGGGCAACAGUAAUCAAUCAAGUCACCGGCAAUAUCAGAUGAACUGGAAACGGGCGAAUCUGUCACGCUACGGGGGCCGAAGCGUUUUAAUAAUGAUUCGUGCUUGUCAUUGCUCGGUGGCUCUAAACGCAAUCGAUGAGUGGAUACCCCGUGCAGGGGAUUUGAUCCUGCAGACAGCUGCAGGUUUCUAUGCGAGGAUCUUUUAUGGUCUAUAUUUCCAUCUCAAAUCUGUACAUACAGGAUGGCCGAGAAUCUAAUUCCUUACCUCGACAUUCGAAUCGAGCCAGACAUGCCACCAGACAGUAUUGAUUUAUACUACUCACCUACCAUUCUACGUCAACCAUCUGCUCCCAGCACACAGCGGCACUGCCAUCUAUCUAUAUCCGAACUUUUAACGCACCCAAGCGAAAAAAAGACCUCACCUCGGCACUUUCAAAGGCUAUGAUUGGCUGAAAAAGAAAAGCAAACGCUGACUAAGUUGGCCCCACCCAAAAGCUUAUUGAUACAUCUUGGCUCCCUGAUCGGGACUAGGGCCCUCGUGCCAACCGGCGAUAUCAGGAUGGCCGACAAGCUGGACUUGCUUUUGACCCUCUUCACCCCCAGAAAGAUACUCGGAGAGGGCACCAUUGUCGCUCAUCGAAUUGACUCUUAAUAUUGUUGACGCGAAACAGUACCUGUGUGGUCCCCCACUAACCCAGAUUGGGCAGCCAAGAUGUCAAUCCCCCAUUCUUGCUGUCGGCCACAUGUUAUCUACAAAUGGGAGCCAUCGAUCUUGAACCAAAGAUAGCGCGUGCCGCACGCCAACAUAAGCAACCCACAACUGUAUCACUACCGAGAGUGGACUUGAUGCCUCCGGGCUAUUGGAAAAUUUUCACUGGUUCUCAUCUGCAACUUCUUCGAUCGACCUCAUUGCAAGUCUUUCGCUCCUACAUUGGUUACUUUUGACCGUUUUUCUUUCUUCCCGUGGCCGAGACAGCGCAUCCUGCAGCCCAUCCAUGCAGACCGCGGGCUA